AUGCAUCGAAUCAAGUAUCCUUCAUCUGCUUUGAAAAAGGAAAUUAUCAAAAGAAUUUUUAUGUCAUCGUCACCAAUUUCCUCUUCAUUAUCUGAAGUCCAUGAUCAUCAAACUUUAGACCGAACUGUCAAGAAGCCCAAACUUGCACUAACUUCGAAUGCAGACGAAUGUACCAAAGCUAUUUCGAAUCCUUUGACUCAAAUGCAAAAAAUUCUUAAAAAGAAAUCUUCUAUUAGAAAGCCUAUUGUGUGGAUUGAUUGUGAAAUGACCGGGCUUAAUGUCUACGAGGACAAUAUAAUAGAAAUAUGCUGCAUAAUAACUGAUGGUGACUUGAAUAUUGUGGAUUCAAAAGGCUACGAAUCUACUAUUUACUACCCAAAAGAAGUGUUAGAUUCCAUGAAUAGUUGGUGUAUAAAUCAGCACGGGAAAUCUGGACUAACAGACAAAGUGUUGGCAAAUCCUGACCAAACCUUACCGAAGGUACAAGCAGAGCUUCUAGAGUACAUUAAACAUUACGUUGACGAAAAAGGUAAGGCAAUAAUGGCGGGAAAUACAAUUCAUAUGGACAAAUUCUUCAUGCAAAGGGAGUUUCCGGAUAUUAUAGAUUUUUUGCAUUAUCGCUUAAUAGAUGUUUCAACAAUAAUGGAGGUUGGCUAUAGACAUAAUCCUGAGUUGAUGAGGGCCUUUCCGAAAAAAGUUGGGAACCAUACAGCCAAAUCAGAUAUCUUGGAGAGUAUUAAUCAGCUAAAGUGGUAUAGAGAUAAUUACUUGAAAAGUGAGUACGAAACUAAGGAAAUAAUUCAAAAAUUCAAAGUCAAUCAAGAGGAAUCUUGA